UAAGAACUUUGUUUUUUCCUGAUGAAACCCAGAUAAAGUUUGCAAAGCUCAAGACUCUUCAAAUCCAAGGUCUAACAGCAGCUGCCAUGGCUGAGGCAAUGAAGUUACAGAAGAUGAAGCUUAUGGCAAUGAACAGCCUCCAUGGAAGUGGAAGCCAAAAUGGAACAGAAUCAGAGAAUGAAGAGCUCAAUUCUAAUGCAGGUGGGAGUGAAUCCUCCUGGGAUAAAGAGAAACUUCAGUCUCCUAUUACAACAGGAUCACAGCAUGGUGUUGGUCAUGCCACGCUAUCAGGGCAAUCCAGCCUUGGGAGUGCACAUCCCCUCAGUCCUCUCCAGCAAAAUCACCUGCUUACCAACAGGAUAGAUCUGCCAUUUAUGAUGAUGCCCCAUCCUCUCCUCCCAGUCAGCCUACCUCCUGCUUCGGUUGCAAUGGCAAUGAAUCAGAUGAACCACCUCAAUACUAUCGCUAACAUGGCUGCUGCAGCCCAGAUGCAUAGUCCUCUUUCCAGAGCAGGGGCCUCUGUUAUUAAGGAGAGGAUUCAAGACAGCCCUUCUCCUGCUCCAUCCCUGGAAGAUAGUCAGAGGCCUGGGAGUCAUGCUUCUUCACAUCAGAGCAGUAGUGUGUCCAGCUCUCCAUCCCAGCUUGACAACACACCAGAUAGAAUUGCUAUGCUGACCAACACCAGAGAAGGAGAACUCAUUGAUCAAGAUACUGGGACCAAUCUAAAAAAACUCCAAAAGGAGAAAGAAGUGGUCCAAAUUGCUAUUCCAAUAAUGAAACCAACCUUAGAUAAAGUCCAACUGGCUGGACAGACCUUGCCUCCUGGAUUUCCUGCACCAUUUCUUUUUGCUGAUGGUUUAUCAUCAGUAGAAACUCUAUUAACCAACAUUCAGGGUCUACUGAAAGUAGCAGUGGACAAUGCACGAGUCCAGGAAAAACAGAUACAGCAGGAAAAGAAAGAGUUAAAGAUGGAGCUUUGUAGAGAGAGAGAACUGAGAGAGAGCUUAGAAAGGCAACUUACAGCUGAGCUGCAAAGCAGAGCAACAAUUCAAAAGCGCUUGAAGAAAGAGAAAAAAGCAAAGAGAAAAUUGCAGGAAGCCCUGGAGUUUGAAUCAAAGAGGAGAGAACAAGUGGAACAGGCACUUAAACAGGCCACGUCGGGUGAUGGUCUCAGGAUGUUAAAUGAAGCUGGAAUCCCAGACAUGGAAAUAGAACACAAUGGAACUCAACAUGACAGUGCAGCAAUGCAAGAAAACAGAACAUACGUCAAACCUACUAUUAUGUACUGAAGGAAGCUAUUGUUGAAAAAUAUAUAAUGAUCACUAUUUGAAGACUGUAUAGUACAUGAAAGACAUCCCUUCCAACCUUUGAUGCCUUCAGUACUGUGUGAAGGAUUUGUAGCAUGAAACUUGAAGGACAAUUUCAAGCAAUUUACUGUUGCUGCAUCGAAAACUGCCGUAUUGUCAUUAAGAUAUACUGAGACUUUUUACAAGCUUACCAUACCAAACCAAGCCUGUUGCAACUGAUCAUUUUUAGGUCCCAGAAGAUAGAAAGAAGUUGUAGUAUUUUUAAGCACAUAAAGGAAUUAUUCCCCAAAAGAACUAACUUUUUUUUUAAAGGCGGUAGUGAUUACUGUAUAGCAAUGGCACAAUGAUUUUAUUAAGCCGCAGAUGUCCUCACUGGCUGUACAUCAUACAAGUCCAGUUUAUCACUGAAACUGUUCAACAUAGAGCUGUUUCAAUUGUGUUUAUAAAUUAAGCUUUGUUUACUGAAGCUGAUACUCAAUAUAUUACGUUUUAAAGAAAAAUGUGUGUACAUUUUUUAAAACAAUGAUGUAAAAUUUGUCCUUUCAUUAGAUGACCAAUUCAAGAGUGUGAGCUAAACCCUAAUAGCUGACAUAAUAUGAGGAUUAUAAUUGAUGCUUUUUUAUGCUCAGUUCAGCUUGGCUUUUGGUCUUUUAAGAUAAAAAAUGAAUAUGCAGUAGAGUGUUAGAUAAUGGAAACUUUUAAGUAUGGUUUCUCUGUUGUACCAUAUUAAGUUAAAGUACACAUUCUUUGUUAAAAUGUUCUUGCUAAGAAUACAGUAUUAAAAACUUUUUGUUUGACUUUGGAAAUCUUUUUUUGUUUUUUUGGACAUGGAUUCCCACAGUUUCUAUCCUAAUUCAAAACUGAUAUUUGCACGGAUACAUAUUUUGUUAAAGGAAUUACUAAAGAGUGGGGGUUGAUAUCAGAUAUUU